AUGCAGGAAAAACAAAAUGCAAUUGAAAUAAUAGAGCAAUUACUAAUCAGAAUAGAUUUUUCAAAAAUUCCCACGUUUGAUAAUGCGGUGAUUAAACGAAUUGAGCAGAUACGCGAUAUAUUAACCUCUUUCUAUAAUAAAUGGAACGAUGUAAUAAGAAUAUCUGUGGAGAAUGUAAUAAAAAAAACCAAAUUCACCCAUAGAGAUGAUACGCGAUUCAUGAAAUUAUGCCAAUCGUUGAUUUAUAUUAUUAUUUCGGAUCCGGAAACUUCAAAUCUUAGGCUAUCCGAAUUUAAAAAAUAUUCACUUGAGACAAGUGAAAUGUCAAAAAGUAUUUUAAACGCUCUUGGAAAAUCAUUUUACAUUCUGUUAGAAAAUUUACAUCGAAUUCUAAAUUUUCAUAACGGGAAUAACCUAGAAGUAGAUUUACAAUGGGUUCAAGUGCUCUUAUUAUACAGUUCGCAAUUUGUACGAAAUAUGACAGCGGGUAAUCUAAUGAAAUGUCAUGAUGAAUUGGUCAGCAUAUGGUUUUUUAUAAUGGAGAAACAAGUUCAAUUUACAAGAGAUCAUCGACAAAAUGUUCAAUGGAACAAAAUCAUAUCUUGUUUACAAAUGAUAGCCACGACUUUAACAAAUGAAUCGGGCACGUUUUUAUUCAUGUCAAAUUUAAUAAUGAAUGAAAUUUGGACCAAACCUGAAAGUGAACGUUAUUGGGAUCCGAAGAAAUCAUCAAAUAAUAUUACUUCAGAGUUACAAGUAAAUAAGCAAAAAAGUUUGUCAGUACUGAAGACAACUGAAAUGAUGGUUGAUAAGGACAAUUCAUUUAUCGACCGAAAAGUAGUUUAUCGGCCGAGGCUACAACUUUAUCGUAAAAAUUGGACAUUCAAGAAACCAAUAAGAAUUCAGAAUACUUGGCAAUCGCACUUUGCGAAUAGCCUACUUAUGGAUAAAUUUACAACUGUAGAACCUCCAACUUCAGUAACCAUACACUCAAUGAUACCAAAGGGAACGAAAUUACUGAAUUCUCGUGAUUGGAUAUUGAACGAAGUCUUUAAAUCUCAUCAUCAGUAUUGGAUUUUACUCGACUAUUUAUCCAAUGUGAAUCAUGAAAAAUACAGAGAAUUACAUGAUUUUUUGAUCCGAGCCCUUUUUGCACAUAAUAUACAAUUUUGGCAUUUUACUCAAAAAUCAGAUCCACAAGAAUGUCGUUUAGAGUUGGAUGUUGCUAUAAGAUUAAUAGAUUCAAUGCGUAAAGCAGGAGAUAUUCGACCUCCUAUGACAGAAAUUGGAAGGGUGUUGCCAUAUUUGAAUACAAAGGAUAUAUAUAAUAUGUUAUAUGAAGUGUGGAAAUUUAUAAUGGAGAAUUGGCAACAAUGUCCAUAUUCCGAUAAUUUUAUGGAGCAACAAGAGAAUAAUAAAAUCGGAGAAAUCAAUUAUGAAGAGAGGGUUCGUAACAUAAUGAUAAUUGUACAAAAGAACAUUUUAAAAGUACCAGAUGAAUUAGUUCGUUGUAUAUGUGAUGGAACGAAUAAUCAAUUACUAUCUGAAUGGAAAGAACGAGAAUCUAUUCAUUUAGUUCCUGACAAUUUUCUCUCUUCUACGGUUAAUCACCUUCAAGCUAAACUUGAAGAUUACUGGAGAGUAUCACCAGCCAUGGCACAAUCUGAAGCGAUUCAAUCAAUUGAUGUCUUUAUCAUGACGAUUCAUUAUAUUCUCAUUAAAUCUAUUCAAACGCUGGCGUCGUCACCAAAAAUUUCCAUUACAUUCUAUAAGCAAUCUUCUGGUCACAUUAUCCACGAGAUCCCUUGCGAAUCGGAUCGAAAGAUGUUUGAUAACUUUAGCGAAAUCGGAUACAACUUGCUCCAUAAUAAAAAAAUUAACGAAAAAUGUGAAUUACAUUUUAUUGAAAAAUUUAAUGGUUAUGGGUUCAGGUGGAAAAGGUACUACGAUUACAGAAAUGAAUGCGUAAGGUUGAAUGUAUCUAUUAAAACAAAGACUGAUGAGAUACUACAAAGAGUAAAAAUUGCUUCUUUUAAUAAUGGAGCUAGUAAUAAUAAUGGUGGUGCUAAUCACAUCUAG